GCUUUCAUGGCUGUGUGGAACGGUGGUGUCAAAGAUGACUUCCUCACCUCUGCACACAAAUACCCAGAGUACGAACUUUGGAUUGUUGGACAUUCACUCGGCGGGUCCAUGGCUGCACUGGCUGCCUCCUACAUUGAAAAGAUGAAGUUAUUCGAUGGAAAGAAGAUAAAGGUGGUAACCUUUGGACAACCCAGGACUGGUAACCGAGCAUUUGCAGAUAUUCAUGGGGAACAGAUUCCUUAUACCUUCCGUGUCACUCAUAAUCACGACGUCAUCCCUCAUCUCCCAUUGAAGAACAUGAAACAGUAUCACCAUCAUAAAUCAGAGGUUUGCCCAUACCUCAACCAGGUCUACCCAAAACUUUAUUACAUUGAAUGCGACGAAGAAGAAAGUCUCGGAUGCAGCGAUCGCUACAUCGACAAAUCAUUCAAUGAUCAUCAUCGAUAUUACAACGUCUACAUCUCCAGAUGGGGAGAAGCUGGUUGUGUUGGUAACCCUGCAGACCCUACAGGAGUUCCAUGA